CCCGACCAGCGGGUCACGUGACGGGUCGGCGGCGCCGGCGGUUGCUGUCACCUGAUUCUGGGAGCUGGUGGCAGCGGCAGCGGUGGCAAUGGACUUUCUCCUGGGAAACCCGUUCAGCUCUCCGGUGGGACAGCGCAUCGAGAAAGCUACAGAUGGCUCCCUGCAGAGUGAGGACUGGGCCCUCAACAUGGAGAUCUGUGACAUCAUCAACGAGACCGAGGAAGGCCCCAAAGAUGCGUUCCGAGCAGUAAAGAAGCGAAUUGUGGGGAAUAAGAAUUUCCAUGAGGUCAUGUUGGCCCUCACGGUCUUGGAAACAUGUGUUAAGAAUUGCGGACACCGCUUCCAUGUACUGGUGGCCAGCCAGGACUUUGUAGAGAGUGUGCUGGUGAGGACCAUCCUGCCAAAGAACAAUCCACCCACCAUCGUGCAUGACAAGGUGUUGAACCUCAUCCAGUCCUGGGCUGACGCGUUCCGCAGCUCGCCUGAUUUGACAGGUGUCGUUGCUGUCUACGAGGACCUGCGAAGGAAGGGCCUGGAGUUCCCCAUGACUGACCUGGACAUGCUGUCACCCAUCCACACACCCCAGAGGACUGUGUUUAACUCAGAGACACCAUCCGGACAGAACUCUGUGGGCUCUGACACCAGUCAGCGAGGAGACCUGAGCCAGCAUACCACCCCUCUGCCCACUCCAGCUGUUCUCCCCGGUGACUCACCCAUCAUGCCAACUCCUGAGCAGGUACACAGACAAGGUCCAGGGAGGCAGUGGAUAUCACCCAUCAUGCCAACUCCUGAGCAGAUUGGGAAGCUGCGCAGUGAGCUGGAGAUGGUGAGUGGAAAUGUGCGAGUGAUGUCGGAGAUGCUGACAGAGUUGGUGCCCACCCAAGUAGAGCCUGCAGACCUAGAACUACUACAGGAACUGAACCGCACCUGCCGCGCCAUGCAGCAGCGGGUUCUGGAGCUCAUCCCACGCAUCUCCAAUGAGCAGCUGACCGAGGAACUUCUCAUGGUCAAUGACAACCUCAACAAUGUGUUUCUGCGCCAUGAACGGUUUGAACGGUUCCGAACAGGCCAGACUGCCAAGGCCUCCAGUGAAGCCGAGCCAGCCGCUGACCUGAUUGACAUGGGUCCUGACCCUGCAGCCACCAACAACCUCUCAUCCCAACUGGCGGGAAUGAACCUUGGCUCCAGCAGUGUGAGAGCUGGCCUGCAGUCUCUGGAGACCUCGGGUCGCCUGGAAGAUGACUUUGACAUGUUUGCUCUGACUCGGGGCAGCUCGCUGGCCGACCAACGGAAAGGGGUCAAAUAUGAAGCCCCCCAAACCACAGAUGGCCUGGCUGGGGCCCUGGAUGCCCGGCAGCAGAACACCGGAGCGAUCCCUGCCACCCAGGCCCGCAUCAUGGAGGACAUUGAGCAGUGGCUGUCCACAGACGUGGGCAGCAGUGCUGAGGAGGCCUCUGGUGUCACCAGUGAAGAAUUUGACAAAUUCCUGGAAGAACGGGCCAAAGCUGCUGAUCGACUACCCAACCUGGCCAGCCCUUCAGCCGAGGGACCCCCGGGACCUUCUCCUAGCACAGCUCCUCGGAGGAAGACCCAGGAGAAGGAUGAUGACAUGCUGUUUGCCUUAUGAAUGCAGGGUCUGGCACCCUGCAGCCCAGGGCCUAGCACUCUCAUACCCACUGGGGCCCCUCCCUCUCUUGGUGUUAAAGCUGCUUGGGGGUGGUGUGUUAACCCCUUCUUUCCUCCUGGAGCCUGGGUGGCAGUAGGAUGAACUGGGGGAACGGGUCAGCCUUCUACUGGGAUCCUGACUGGUCCUGCCUCCUCCAUCCUGCUACCCACUAUGACUUUGCUGAGACCUGGGGCCCCAGACAAGCUGACCUGAUGUGACCUGAUUGACCUGGUGUGAGACUGCUUCCAUGAAGUUCCCCUGGUUCCUUCCCCAGGGAAGCCCAUGGGAGCCCUCCAGAAUCCACACUACCAGUCUAGGUAUAGAGGAGACGUUACCACAGCCUUGCCCAUCCCUGCCCCUGCAGAGCGGGGCCUGAAGAAGGCUUUGGCUGGCUGUUGGGGGUAGGCUAUGGUGGCCCCUGCUGAGCUGCCCACUGUCCAGGUACGAAGUUGCACCCAGUGAGGCAAGACCUCACCAGUCCAGGUGUCAAGAUGAGACCUUGGGGAUUCUGGGUACGCAGAGCCCCCCAGUUCCUCCACUGCCUUUCCCCCAUCCUUGCUCUGUUCCUCCAGCAGGGCUCCACCCACCUGAGGCUCACCUGUUGGUUGGUCCUCAGGUACAGGGAGAGAUGCCUUUUGUGUCCUCAAAUAAAAGUAGAAAGCCA